AUGUCUGUUGUAGCCAGAAUGGAUACUGUGGAAACACCAAAGACUACUGUGGAGAAGGUUGCAGGGAAGGUCCAUGUACUGCUCAGACUUCCAAUACCUCCUCAGACGAUCACUGAGUAUCCCUGCGCUGAUGGAAGGAGUUAUCAUGCGCGUUUAAAUGUAAAUCCAUACCAAAAGACCAAAUUGGUUUACAAGGAGGUAUGCACACGGAACUGUGGGAAUUUGAAUUUGGAUCCUGAUACAUAUCAGACAGGAUUGAAAGGCUCCAACUCUUGUAAUAUUAACCAUAUAAGUGAUUAUUUAUCUUUGUACAGGAACUACAUGUAUGGACGUGCAGGGUCUUACCUCAAUUUGGACUUACUAAAACAACCAGACCUUGUAUCCACCAAGUCUACAAUCUCCUUCAAGGCUUCCCUCUGGUUAUGGAUGAUCAGUUCUGACUGUCACACUGCCAUUGUUUCUGGACGGGGCUUCAUAAAAACUUUUACAAGUCUAGAUAUGGCGGCAUGUGAUAGCCCUCAGGAUGUUUCCUUGAGGGUUAACAGCUACAAAUAUUACUGUCAGCUACUUGGAGUAGACCCUGGAGCAAAUCUAACAUGUGACAUAACAUCAAUAUCCACUGGAGGAGGAAGAAAAUCUAAAAAACUGAUACCCAUAUUUUUGGGAAGCAUAGGAGGAGCAAGUCUCCUAUGUUUCUUGUUCUUUUUCUUCUUCAGGUUUCGCAUUAGACAGCUAAGAAGACAUAAAUCAGGUACAGGUCUAGGUGGUGCUUGCGAAAUAGAACCUGUAAUUAUUAAUUUCAAUUACAAUUAUGAAGUUCUUCAAGAAGCAACUGAAGGCUUCUAUGCUGCAAACAAUCUAUGCUGCAAACAAACUUGGGGGACACUCAAAGAUGGAAAAGAGAUUGCUAUUAAGAAUCUCUUUGUAACACAAUCAACACAAGCAAUGGAGGAAUUCCUUAUAGAAAUUAAGAUUUUUAGUGGUUUUCUUCAUAGAAAUCUCAUCCGUUUGCUUGGGUUUUGCAGUAAGGGGCAGGAGCGAUUCCUAGUUUAUGAGUUUAUGCCAAACAGGAGCCUUGAUCAGCAUUUGUUUGGGGAGGGGGGAAUUCAUCUCAAAUGGAUAGAUCGUUUCAAGAUAAUAACAGGCACAGCUCGUGGUCUUCUAUAUUUGCAUGAACAAUCUCACUUUCCCAUUGUACACAGAGAUAUCAAAACUCCCAACAUCCUUCUUGAUGAAAACCUGCAACCUAAAAUAGCAGAUUUUGGACUAGCCAAAUUUUUCCCAGAAGAUAAGACACAUCUUACAACUAGGGUGGUGUUUGGAUAUACUGCUCCUGAAUAUGCUGUGCAUGGCCAUUUAACACAAAAAGCAGAUGUUUAUAGCUACGGAGUCAUUGUCCUAGAGAUUGUGAGUGGAAAGAAGUGCAGCAAAACUGGACUUCCGCAUCCCAGGGAGCUUCUUUUGCAAUGGAUUUUAAAGGUUAAUUCACCUCAGAUUUAUGCACAGACUAGGUCCAAGAGUUGGAAGAGGUAUUUUGAGAUGGAAAACAUUGAUAAAGAUAAUUAUAAAAGGGUGAAAAUUGCAGCUUCAAAAUUGAAGUCUCAUGAUGCUCUGUGCUGGGAGAAUUUGUUAAGUACUAGGAAAGAGAGGGAAAGCACAAAUCAGGCUGUAGCCCAAGAUUUUGAAGCACCUUAA